AAAAUGUGGAGUAUUUAUUUGUUUUGUGUAAUUCCUUUAAUUCUGUUUAUAAUUGGAAAAUUAUAUUUAAGUGUACAUAGAAAACAUAAGAAUGUUUGUAUUGUUGUUCUUGGAGAUUUAGGUAGAAGUCCUAGAAUGCAAUAUCAUGCAAUAUCAUUUGUAAAAGAAGGUUUUACGGUAGACUUUAUAGGUUAUCCCGGUUCGUCCCCUUUAAAACAAAUAAAAGAAAAUUCUCGCAUACAGAUUUAUUAUCUUCGUCCGCCUCCAAAAAUAGAAGAUAAAUUGUCUCGUUCAUUUUAUUAUAUGAUAAAAACAAUAUGGCAAACUUUUAACCUUUUGUGGGUUUUGUUUAAUAAACAUAUACCAAGUUAUAUACUAAUACAGAACCCACCUGCAAUACCAACAAUUCCAGUUUGUUGGUUUUAUUCUAUUGUUGUUGGUUCACAAUUUAUUAUUGAUUGGCAUAAUUAUGCAUAUACUCUUAUGGCAUUGAGUUUAAAAGAUGAUCAUUUCCUUGUAAAAUUUGCAAAAAUAAUUGAAAUAUAUUUUGGUUCCAAAGCACAUUAUAGCUUUUGUGUAUCUCAAGCAAUGAAAGAAGACUUACAAAAGAAGUGGCAAAUUUUAAGUAAGGUUUUAUAUGAUCGUCCAGGAAAUCAAUUUCAACCUAUAUCUUUAGCAGAAAAACAUGCAUUUUUAUUAAAAUUAAGUGAGAAAUAUCACAUAUUAAAAGGUCCAAAAGAAAACUCAACUGUAUUUACAGAAUGUAUAGAAAAUGAAAUACACUUACCUUCCAAAAGAUUGGGUUUAAUUGUAUCUAGUACAAGUUGGACAGAAGAUGAAGACUUUUCAAUAUUGUUAAAUGCAUUACAAGAAUAUGAAAAUGCAAUUGUACAAAAUACUUGUAAUCUACCUGAUUUAAUAUGUAUAAUAACUGGUAAAGGACCUUUGAAAGAAUUCUAUACUGCUAUCAUAAAAUUAAAGAAUUGGGAACACGUUACAGUUUUGACACCAUGGCUUGAAAGUGAAGAUUAUCCUAAGAUGCUAGCUAGUGCAGAUUUAGGCAUUUGUCUUCAUACAUCAUCUAGUGGAUUAGAUUUACCAAUGAAAAUUAUUGACAUGUUUGGUUGCAAACUUCCUGUUUGUGCAUAUAAUUUUAAAUGUUUAUCAGAACUUGUUAAGCACAAUGAAAAUGGAAUGAUUUUCUCAAGUGAUAAGGAACUAGCAGUACAAUUAAAAUCAUGGUUUGAAAAUUUUCCUAAUAAUGAUGUUCAACACAAAUUAAAUAAAAAAUUUCAAGAGGAGUUGCAUAAAUUUCAAGAAAUCCGGUGGCAUGGGCAAUUUAGUUCACUUGAAGAUAUCACAUGGUUAAACAAUCGACCUAUUAUUGGCGUUCUAGCACAAGAACUGUCGUAUAAUAUGAGAAAGUACUAUUCAACGGAUCGUUACCAUAGUUAUAUUGCCGCAUCAUAUGUAAAAUUUAUUGAAGGAGCUGGUGCGAGAGUUGUUCCAAUAUGGAUUGGAAAAAACGAAUCGUACUACAGAAACAUUUUAAAUAACAUAAAUGGAGUCCUCUGGCCUGGAGGAGCAACUUUAUUUGAUAACGAUGACGGAUACGCUGAUGCAGGAUAUUUGAUUUACAAAAUUGCGAGGAGGAUGAAUAAAAAUGGUGAUUAUUUUCCAAUUUUUGGGAUAUGUUUGGGAUUUGAGUUGUUGACGUAUGUUGUUGCCAACCGCACUAAGCACAGAAUAGACUGUGAUAGUAUAAAUGAAGCACUUCCAUUGGAAUUUACGCCAGAUUUCCGAAAAGGUAGGAUGUUUAAUAAAGCAUCAUCUGAUAUUAUAGACAUAUUGAAAACAAAAAACGUGACAUCAAAUUUCCAUCAAUAUUGCGUUACGAAACAAAAGUUACAAAAAGUUGGUAUAGAUAAUCAAUUUCGAAUACUGUCUUAUAAUCACGAUAAGGAUGGAAUUAAGUUUAUUUCUUCGUUAGAACACGUUAAUUAUCCUUUUUACGGCGUGCAAUUUCAUCCAGAGAAAAAUUUAUACGAAUGGAUUCUUGGAAGAAAAAUUCCACAUGGAACAAAUGCCAUUAAAACUGCACAAUAUUUUGCAAAUUUCUUUGUUAAUGAAGCACGUAAGAACAACCAUGAAUUUGCUUCCAAAGAUGAAGAAGCUUUAAGCUUGAUUUACAAUUACCCAGUGACUUACACUGGGCUAAAGAAUUCUUCAUUUGUGCAAUGUUACAUAUUUAAAAACUAAUAAUAUAUCGAUUUUCAAAUUAGCUAAUUUUCAUUUGUUAGAUUUACUGUAUAUUAUUAUUAAUUAUUAUUGUAUUAUAUGUAUAGAAAUGUUGGGU